UGGCUGCGGUGGAUAAUCCUUUAACGUUCGGUGCACUUUUCCGCGAUCCGAUCGUAUACGAAUCUGAAUCCGUGUCGUGCCCAUUGCCUUGUCUACAGAUAUCGAAUGAUAUAUAGAUUUAGCGCAUAUUUAUUUUGUGCAGGGUGAAUAUUUUGGAAAAUUACCCAGAAUCGCGUAUGCAUAGGGAUAUAUCCAAAUAUAUGUAUGUGAAUAAUCGGUGCGAACGUGAGAAUUGUGCGGCCCCUGCGACGCCAACGCCGACGCCGACGCCGCUGCCACUGCCGCCGAGUGUCAAUUAUGUGGAAAUAUAUUUACAAAGAUAUAUGCAGACAUAUAUAUACAUAUAUGUACGUACGUGUUUGUUAGUGUGUGUGGUGAUUCCCUCCUGGCACUGAAUGUCACUAAAUGCGCCCGCCCGCCCCCACAACAGGCAGCUUCUUUAUCGCAUGUGAUAGAAAGAGAGAAAGAGUGCACGAGAGGAGGAGAGGAGGAGAGGAGGAGUGUGUAAGUGAGUGAGAGUGGUUUCGUCGCGCUCUGUGUCUCUGAGUGUGAGUGUGGUUGUGGUGCGUGUAGAUCAGUCGCGUCCCCCUUCCCCACCCCCCCCAACAAUCAUUCAACAAACAAUUUUCAUUCAUUGCUCCCCCGCUCGGUCCAAGCGGCGAUUCUGCUUUGCAUCUUCUCUGAUCUGCUCUGAUCUUCUCUGCUCUGCUCUGUCCCCAAAGCCACGCACAAACCGACAUCAGAUAAGAGGAGAGAGAGAGGAAGAGAGCAAAAGAGAGCCACGCGGCGUGUGAACAAAAAGUGCUCUCGUCUCCGGCGACCAUAGAACAGUGGGUUGCAUAGAUAGUGCCCGGGCCACGCCCCCUAUGACGCCUCUUAGGCGUUAUCAGCGCACACAUAAAGACCUGACCAAAAUACACACAAAAUGGCGAUGAACCCGAGUGCCAGAGAAACACCGCAGGCCUGAAACACUGAAACUGCCGUCGGUUCGGCUCCAAAUCAACACAUCCAUUGACCACAAACCACCAACACCCCCACACCCGGGUGUCCGCCCCGGGAGGAGCGAUAAGCAAUCGAAAAGUUUGGAGCCCAUAGCUCGUAUCGAACCCGAAACAAGCGCCUAAGAUGUGUUCCCGCAACAUAAAGAUCUCGGUGGUGCUGUUUCUCGUCUUGAUACCAAUCUUCACAGCCUUGCCACACAACCACAAUCUGUCGAAGCGCAGCAACUUCUUCGAUCUGGAGUGCAAGGGGAUCUUCAACAAGACCAUGUUCUUUCGACUGGAUCGCAUCUGCGAGGACUGCUAUCAGCUGUUCCGCGAGACCAGUAUACAUCGGUUAUGCAAGAAAGACUGCUUUGAUUCAAAAUGGUUUGGCGAGUGCCUGAAAGUGCUGCUCAUACCAGAAGAAGAGGUAUCGAACUUGCAGCACUUUCUGAGGGUAGUGAACGGUUCGCCCAUAUCCUUCAACAUGACGCCGGGCCAAACAUAACUCUAAGAUCCUGAACACCCCCACAGAGAUCAAGAGCCCGAACAAAAACAAACAAAUUUAAUUAUUUAAAACGCCCAAAUUUAAUUCGUACUUAUUUAUUACUGUAGUCCUUACAGUUUAUACUAUAUGUGUUUUUUUAAAAACGAAUUACUUUUAUUAAUUUAUUGAGAACGUUAUGCGUUUGUUGUAAGUAACAUAAAUCGUAGGGAAACCACCGCAUGGAGAUGGAGAGAUGUAGAGAAAGUAACGAUAGAGAAAGAGAGAAAGAGUGGGUGGGUGGGUGGAAGAGACUCUACCGCCUGGAAUCGAAGUAUUUAUCUAUAAGUAUUCCUAGCUUGUUUUAUUAUUAUUAUUAUAAUUAAUAUUAUUGCGUUAUGCGUUCUGUAUAUACAAUAAACAAAAGAAAUCCAUUGUUUUACAUCCAUGUAGAGUAGAAUUAUUAUUUGUAUUUUUGUAUUUUACUGUAAAAUCAGCAUUUAAUUUUACAUCUUACACACGAUAAUCCGCGGAAGCAAACCCCCCUCCCCCUGAGAGUAAAAGAGAAGGCGCACACCUAACACACCAGACCGAAAGUAUUUUGCAAAUGUAUUACAAUUAAUUUUGUAACGAUUAAGCCCCUAAUUAGAAUAAAUCAGAGAAGCGAGUGGAAAUAUACAUAUACAUACAUAUGUAUCUAUAUAUGGGAAUCUAUAUCCGCAUAUACCCAACACUUAUCCGCACCCAUACUAAACUACUAAACGCUUAGUCUUAACGCUAAAACGCAAUUUGUGCAACACACAAACAAAAAACCUUUGGUAAAAGCACACAAAAAAAA